GGUCCGGCGGGGGGCCCCAGCCCCUUCCCCUGCCCGGUGUGCGGCAAGGGCUUUGCCUACCCCUCCUGCCUGCGGGUCCACCAGCUCGCCCACACCGAGGAGAGGCCGUGCCGGUGCCCCGAGUGCGGCAAGGGCUUCAAGAGCCCCCAGGAGCUGCGGCGGCACCGGCGCCUCCACUCGGGCGAGCGGCCCUACGCCUGCUCGGCCUGCGGCCGGCGCUUCGCCCAGUCCUCCAACCUGCUGGCCCACCAGCGGGUCCACACCGGCGAGCGGCCCUACGCCUGCCCGGCCUGCGGCCGGGGCUUCGCCCGCUCCUCCCACCUGCUGCGGCACCGGCUGGUCCACACCGACGCCGCCCCCUUCGAGUGCUUCGAGUGCGGCCGGGCCUUCAAGAGCGGGCAGGAGCUGAAGCGCCACCUGCAGGAGAAGGCGGGCGAGCGGCCGUUCCGCUGCUCCGUCUGCGGCCGAGGCUUCAUCCGCUCCUCCAACCUGCUGGCCCACCGCCGGCUGCACACGGACGCCCGCCCCCACCGCUGCGGCGCCUGCGGCAAGAGCUUCAAGCUGGCCAAGUACCUGAGCCGGCACCAGGCCAACCACGGCGGGGCCGGCCGGCGGCCCUGCGUCUGCGCCGUCUGCGGCAAGGCCUUCGCCCUGCCCUCCGCCCUGCUGGCCCACGGCCGGAUCCACACCGACCAGACGCCCUUCGCCUGCCCCGUCUGCGGCAAGGCCUUCAAGCUGGCCAAGUACCUGAACCGGCACCGGAGCAGCCACCGCGGGGGAGGGGCCGGGGGGCCGGGGGAGGCGGGGGCGGCUGGCGAGAGCCCUCCCCGCCCCCUCCCCCCUCCGGCGCCAGAGGCCAGCGCCCCUCCCGGGCCUUGAAAGGCUCCCCGAGCCUCCGAGCGACGGGGUUCCUCCUCGUCUCUGUCCAAAAUGGCCGACCCCCUCAUCCUCCUCCUCCUCCUCCUCCUCCCUCGUGUUUAUAGAUCCCCCCCCACCCCACCCCCCUCAACCAGCGGGGAACAAUCUCUCAGCUUCCGCCGCGCCCCCCCCCCCACCCAAGUCAAACCCACUUCGCAAUCCUUUGCGGGUUUUGGCGAGAUCGCCUCUCGUUAUCCUCCUCAACUCCCAACUGCCUCUCAAUCGGAGGGCAACUCUCCCACCCCCACCCCUCUCAUAUCCCAGGGACCGAUCGAGUGACCCCCCCUCCCUUCACUGUACCGCCACCCGCCCUCUCCUCCCCAGUACGAGUAACUCCUUCCUUCGUCGUGGAGACCAGAACUGCGCGCGUGGGGUCCUGUGGAUGUGGUCUCACCAAAAAAGAAACCCCCCACGCCCCCCCCCCCGUACGAUUGUAGCGAGACGUCUCUAUCCUUGUUCUGCAACUCGCUUGUAAUAAAGGCCAGGUUGUGCCA